CCACCUUCUAUCAAACACUCAAACCAUGAUUCUCUCUUUCAAGUAUACAUGGCUGGUAACCAUGGCAGCCCUUGUGGUUGUAAGCCAAUCUCAGAACCUCGUUGGGUAUGGCUACGGAGGUCCUCAUAGCAUUGGACAUGGUAUAUACGGAGGUUAUGGUAGUGUUCACCGUGGAUAUGGUGGCUACAGAAGCGGCUAUGGAAGCGGAUUCUUUGGGAGAAGACAUGGGGUCGGCUACGGAGGGUACAGCGGGUACAGCGGCCACGGCGGGUACGGAAGUGCCAGGAGCUCCGUUUCGUUUAACCUCGGUGGACCUCGGGGUUAUUACGCUGGUCUUUAUGGGUAUGGAAAAUGAGUCAAGGGUAUGGUAGUGAAUCCACU